CAUCCAUUGUGUGUUUCUGUGUAUCUCUCUGUGUGUCUGUCUGGUCACUGUAAGCUAAGUCUCUCCUUAGUGUGUGUGUCUGUCUGUAUGUGUCUUCAUCUGUGUCUGUGUGUAUCUCUCUGUGUGGUCACUGUAAGCUAAGUCUCUUCCUGUAGGCUGCAGCCAUGGUGAACUCUAGUGACGUGGGGGCGGGGACUGCAGGAGCACAGGGGUGUGGUCUGAUGACUGUAACUGAUACCUUAGAAGACGUCACUAGUGACUGGACGGACAGAGAGACGGACAGAGAGACGGACAGAGAGGAAGAGAAGUUCCUAGUAUCUCCAGAGCUGAAGAUAAGUCCAGGGACAGUCAGACAGGAAGUCUCGACGGCCAUCUUGGACAAGAGAGGAACACUCAUCAUCCUGAGGGAGAUGGAGUCUGAAGACAAAAUGGACGCCGGCAGAGACGUUACUAAGACCAACCAGGAGAAAGGAGGCGGGACUUCAGCAAGCGUUAAGGGAGGUGAAGAUGACGAGCUAGAUGGAGAUCGUCUCACCAGAUCUAAGGAGAAAUAUGCCAUAAUCGACACGAAUGAAGAUGAGACCGGUGGUGAGGUAGAUGCUGAGGCCAUGUCUAAGGAGACCAGCAACAAGAGAGAGAUAUCUCUCAACUUAAGCCAGACUGAAACUGAUGAAGAAAUGAGUGCCGUUAACUCACUGCAGAAGACUGAGGCUCCGAGUCCCUCUGAGGUCUUGACCGAGACAGUUGAAAGGUCAGAGUUCACCACCGUGUCACAUGAGAAGGUGACGGAGCUGAUUACCCAGGAUGCACCACCAAAGAGAGAGGAAUCGUGCGGCCUGGAUGAAGCUGUGAGCGACCUAUCACAGUGGGCCUUCCCCGACGGUCAAUUUGCCACCAAACCAUCACCUGGAUCUCUUGCCGUGGUACUGUAUAUAAAACAAUACAAGCUGCAUGUGAGGCUUCGUCCUUCACAUGUCCUACUGUACCGAGCUGCUGCCCUCCCCCUCCAGCGGUGCUCCAACCAGUAUUACUGAGACGUACAGUAACCCCGUGUCCUGCAUGGCUCCACUACCAAACAAGCUUUCUGUAUAUAUCCCCUUUCAUCUGCCCACUUCAGGCUUUUUGUUGCUCUCAAAGCUAUGCUUCAUUUUGACAUAUGGCUCCAAAGCUUACUGUAUCUUGCAGCUCCCAGCUCCUCGGGUGGGCAGCUCCCAGCUCCUCGGGUGGGCAGCUGGCAGCUCCUCGGGUGGGCAGCUCCCAGCU